UUCAAUGUGCCUGUGAAGGCCAUUCGGUUCGGCCUGCGAUACUCAAUCUGUCUGCGUAAGACGAUUCACCUUCGAUAUUGGUGAUAUUGGUCGAACGCGGACACGGUUGUGGAUUAGUUUUUGGUCUGCAUCUGCGAGGAGCAAGCGUAAGCCUGGUUCGUGUCCGAAUCACAAAGCGCCAAAACACCUUCCACGCACGUGAUUCUUUUGUGUAGGGAAGGGUGCAGAUUCACCAUCGGACGUCGGCCAUGUUGGCACCGUUGAAAAAUCAAUGCAAGGGAAGCAGGAAAAAUAAGCGAUCUUGACAUCACCAGAGUGUGGAGCAUACCACUCAGAUUUUGGGUGUUCGUUCACAGAGAUUUGGUGGUCCUGGCUGAUCGGGAAGCUAGAUCUUGAACGAUUCUCAAAUGAUUUAGGCUCUGGGCACACACCAGGGGAAAAUGGGUUGCACCUUUUCUGGGUUGAACGCAAUCUACGAUGCUGUUAAUGGAGGUGGGGACGUUUGGAUCAAUGAGAACAGGUUCAGAAUAAUCAGGCAGCUCGGAGAAGGUGGGUUUGCCUUUGUAUAUCUGGUGAAGGAGGUCACUCCAGAAGGAUCGGGGAGCAAAUUCAAAGACCCAUCUCAUGUUUCUGACAAUGGCAUGUAUGCAAUGAAGAAGGUUUUGAUCCAGUCAGGGGAACAACUAGAGUUGGUGAGGCAAGAAAUAAGUGUUUCAUCCCUUUUUAGUCAUCCCAACCUGCUUCCUCUACUUGACCAUGCUACUAUCGCAGUGAAGGGCCCUCAAGAAGAUUCAUGCCAUGAGGCAUAUUUACUGUUCCCAGUUCAUUUAGAUGGGACCCUGCUUGACAAUGUCAAAAGCAUGAAAGCAAAGAAGGAGUACUUCCCUACUGUUACAGUUCUUCAAAUUUUCCAACAGCUUUGUGCAGGACUGAAGUACAUGCACAGUCUUGAUCCUCCAUAUGCCCAUAAUGAUGUUAAGCCAGGGAAUGUCCUUCUAACACAUAGGAAAGGGGAGAUACCGCUUGCAGUUCUGAUGGACUUUGGGAGUGCUGCACCUGCAAGGAGGGAAAUACGUUCUCGUUCACAGUCAUUGCAGUUGCAGGAAUGGGCAGCUGAACAUUGUUCCGCACCAUAUAGAGCACCUGAACUGUGGGACUGUCCAAGCCAUGCUGAUAUUGACGAAAGAACUGAUGUUUGGUCGUUGGGAUGCACUCUCUAUGCAAUAAUGUAUGGUGAAUCCCCUUUUGAGUAUGCCCUAGGCGAAUCUGGAGGGAGCCUUCAGCUGGCUGUGAUGAAUGGACAAAUAAGAUGGCCUUCAGGGCCUAAUCCUCCUUAUCCUGAACAGUUGCAUCAGUUUGUGGUAUGGAUGCUUCAGCCUCAAGUGGCAGUUCGCCCAUGGGUCGAUGAUAUUAUUAUCCAUGUUGAUAAGUUGAUAUCAAAGUUCUCAAGUUGAUAAGAGAGCACUUUAGCGGAAUGCACUUUGAACAAGAACAGUGAUGUUGCAUCACGCUUUGGUUCCAGGAUUCCAUUAUUUUAACAAAAAUGAGUUAUAAGUUAGUCUGGUUCUCAUCAGAUCGGGUUUUGUUAUGGUUUUGAGAAAUGGAGUACAUGUGCCUAAAGAAAAGCUCUCUCUCUCUCUCUCUCUCUUUUAACGUGAUGCCAUGUCUUCUUCUA